ACUUAUCAUCACGAAAAUACUUCCCUUGUCAAACCAGUUACCAAGAGACGUCAAUUACCAUUGGCUGGACGCAAUCCUGCACACAAUCCUGCAAAGCGAACCCGAGCAGAUACAAUUUCUGGGUAUAUCCCUCUUACAUCGAAUUCAUCUAGGGUGCCAUCAAAGACGGUUCCCCAGCCUCAUCCCAUUCCUUCCCCUUCAAACGAUUUCAAUAAAGAUGUGCAAUCGCCUGAAAAGCCUAAUCAUACCUCUAUAGCCGAGGUAUCUAGCAUACGGAAUGAAGACCUAACUAUUGAAUGCCUUGCCUCCCUUGCUCGGGUCGGGACAGAUCUAGCUCGAUUUAGAGAGCUAAUCCAUCGCAUUGCUGCUACCCAACCGAAUUCUAAGGCUGUCGUUGAAGGCAAUGCUACCCAAUUCAUAAUUGAGCGUGCCUUGUGUGUUUCGCAAGGUCUGGACCAGGCUAAGAAUAUGGGCGACAUGCUUCAAAAUUUUAGCAAAGAUAUUAACGAUUUACUCGAUAUGGUGAGUUAA